AUGGAGAACUUUGACCCUCUCGGUGUCCACACUGGUGACAGUAUCGUCGUUUCGCCCAGUCAAACUUUCAGCGAUGAGGAAUACCACAUGCUCCGUACCGCCGCCAUCAAGAUUGUCCGCCAUCUCGGUGUCGUUGGUGAAUGUAACGUCCAAUACGCUCUCCAGCCUGAUGGUCUCGACUACAGAGUCAUCGAGGUCAACGCCCGUCUCUCUCGUUCGUCUGCUCUUGCCUCCAAGGCUACCGGUUACCCUCUCGCCUACACUGCUGCCAAGAUUGGUCUCGGCCACACUCUCCCUGAGUUGCCCAACGCCGUUACCAGAACUACCACUGCCAACUUCGAACCCUCUCUGGAUUACAUCGUCACCAAGAUGCCUCGCUGGGACUUGAGCAAGUUCCAGAACGUCAAGCGUGAUAUUGGCAGUGCCAUGAAGUCCGUUGGUGAAGUCAUGGCCAUCGGUCGUACCUUUGAAGAAUCAUUCCAAAAGGCUAUCCGCCAAGUCGACCCUAGAUUCCUCGGAGUCCAAGGCGACAAAUUCGACGACCUUGACGACGUUCUGGCAAACCCCACCGACCGCAGAUGGUUGGCUGUUGGUCAGGCCAUGCUCCACGAAGGCUACUCUGUCGACCGCGUCCACGAACUCUCCAAGAUUGACAAAUGGUUCCUCUACAAGAUCCAGAACAUUGUUGACACUACCCACGAACUUGAAGCCAUUGGCAGCCUUUACGGCGUCAAGAAGGAACUCAUGCACAAGGCCAAGAAGCAAGGUUUCUCUGACAAGCAGAUUGCUAAGGCUGUCAACAGCACUGAGGAUGAGGUCCGUGCGCGCCGCAAGAACUUUGGCAUCACCCCUUCGUCAAGAAGAUCGACAGUAUGUGUCUCACUUGCCAAUCAUGAUUAUAACUUGUACUGA